UACAAGCCAAACCACAGCUGCAGCACUCAUUCUCCACUCAUCAUCUAGCAUUAACCUACUUUCUUCGAUUAUUUUCUUUAUAUACAUGAUGCAAUGGGGUCAAACAGGUGAAUGUUUUUUUUUAUUCCUGACUGCUGUUAUUCCAGGUAUCCACCUCCAGAGAGAUGGCGGCUCCAUCCAGCCUGCCUCUGACUCUGAGCUGACCUCUGAGUCCCAGAUGUACUGGCCCGUGUUGCAGCCCUCUGAGUCUGUUCCUCCAAUAGGGACCUACAUGCUGAACAACCUUGUUGGGAAACCUUGUAUCAAAGCCACCCUGGGAGCAGAGUACAUUGUCAUUGAAAUGAAGAAGACUUGGUAUUUCCCACUGGACCCCUCCCGGGUCCGGACCAGUGGUUACUGUGGCAAGGAAGCUGCUGUUCUCUCUUUCACGCUGCCACACAGUGCUGCCAGUCUGCAGUUCACCUUCAGAGAGGACAAGAGUGUGUUCUACGUCGACAAGCUGACAGCUCAUGUGUCUCCCCUGCCUGUCUGCCGAGGAUGUGCCAACAAGACAUACUCGGGUGCGUUGGCUCAUGAAAAGCUGUUCGCAGCAGGUCAUGGACAGAGCUUCAAGUGCCAAUCUGAGCAACUGCUCUGGACGUCGUCGGAGCUCAGCAUCCGGCUGGUUCCUCUGCAGCUGCAGGCCUUCACGCUGCCCGAAGGGCCGCGUGGUUCUGAAGUGGAGUGUUGGCCCGACUUUAACAAACGAGCUCUCCCCAUCAUCGCCGAGGCCACAGGAGUGGGUCUCUUUCUGAUCACUGUGAUGACCUUCCUCUUCAUCAAAGACCGCCGUAGAGAAGGAUACGAUAGGCUCUGAGCUGGAUGAGAAACAAGAUGAAGAUCGACUCAAUCGGAUAGAAUGCUUCAUACUUGUUGUUACUGUUACAAAAUGUAAUCAAAAUUGCUCUCCCCUUACUCAGAAGUUACUUGUAAUGUCUGAUAUUAUAACUAUCACAGCGUUACAUUUAUUUGGCUAUUCCUCAUUUGAUUUUGUUUUAUAUAAUUAUUUUCUAACUUCAAUUCUACUUUAAAUGACAAAUUUUUCUUCACUGCUCUUUGAUUUGUGAUCCUCGUAUCUGUUACAUAUUCAACAUCAAUGUGAUAAAAGGAAAGUGACCGUAAAUGUAUUAUAGAGCCUUUAUUUCCACAAAAAACACAAAUGAAACUACAAACGUAAUAUAUUGCUCACACACAUUGUCGUUUAACCAGUGUGAAUGUUAACUAUUAUUGUUCAACAAAUUUUCGUUUCAGAAUUUCGGUUUUACUUUCGGGCCAAGUAUUCGUGUUAAAAAUCAAAUAGACAUAUUUUAUUAUUCUGAAUGUGAUUUGUUUUCUCGACCGAC